UUCCUGGCAUAGCAGCCGCUCGCUCAGCCCAGCCUCCUUGGCUCUCAUUACAGCUGGCGGGGGCCGGCGCGGCGCUCAGUGCCUGCCAGCAGCCGCGGGGGCAGGAUCUCUGCGAGCUGCACGCACACGGCGAGCCGGCCGAGCGCGGAGCGAGCCUCUCCUCCCCCGGCUCUGCAGCAAGGCUGCUCUGCUUCGGCUCCUUGGGUGCUGCCAGAUCCUUGGGAUUGUAUUGUGUCUACUGUUCCUGGUGGCAGCCCCUUGCCAAUCGACUAGCUGAGGAUGAGGACGGCGGAGGAUUCCUCUGGGACGGUCCUGCACCGGCUCAUCCAGGAGCAGCUGAGAUACGGGAACCUCACAGAGAACCGCACGCUGCUGGCUAUUCAGCAGCAGGCGUUGCGUGGAGGUGGGAGCACGGGCAGCCCUCGCUCCUCACUGGAAAGUCUCACCCAAGAAGAGAGCCAGAUGGUCCAGCAGUCCACACGGCAGGAGCCCCAGGGCCAGGAGCACCACUGCGACCACAUCUACCUGGAGAACAAUGUGUAUCGGCUCCACCAGCCUCAGCACAAGGGCGAGGAGCUCCCCACCUAUGAGGAGGCCAAAGUGCAUUCCCAGUACUAUGCCUCACAGCGAGGACAGCAGGCUGGGGUGCCCUGUCCAGGUGCCCCCGCUGAGCCUGGCCAACGCAGGGCCUAUGCCCCUGACAGCAGCAGCAAGCGGCAGGACGAGUCACUAAAGGAGCUGAAGCAUGGGCAUGUGAGGUCAUUGAGUGAACGCCUCAUGCAAAUGUCGCUGGAGAGGAAUGGAGCCAAGGCCCAGAACCACAUGAGCUCCUCCCACAGUUAUCCCCAGCUAUCGAGGCACUUCCAGCUGUCAGCCCCAAGAGGGCAGCAUGCCGAGGGGAUGGAGCCACGGGGUCCCCCUCCAGAGUACCCCUACAUCAUCCCCCCCCAGGAGCCUGCAGUUGGUUACCUGGCAGAUCCCAGGCACUGCUCCAGGGAAGGGCCAGGAUUUCAGCAUCCUGAAGUCAGGGUGAUGCAGGCCCAUAUGUCCCAGGCUUUCCUGCCCCAGCAGGCUGCUCUGUGUCACGGCCCACUGGGCUCCCUUACACCAGCUGGGAUGGAGGCUCUGAUGACAGCCCAAGCCGCAUCGGCCAGCAGCCACUUGGCCCAAAUGGAGACAGUCCUGAGGGAGAAAGAGAAGCUGCUGAGGGAGAGUGAGACGCUCCAGAGGGAAAACGAAAAGCUGCGGCGGGAGCUUGAGAGCUGCAGUAAAAAAGCGAGCCGGAUUCAGAAGCUGGAAACAGAGAUUCAGCGAAUCUCCGAGGACUACGAAAACCUGAUGAAGGCAUCUUCCAAGCGAGAGGCAUUGGAGAAAACCAUGAGGAACAAGAAGGAUGGGGAGAUGCGGCGGCUUCAGGAUUUCAACCGGGAUCUGAAAGAACGGUUGGAAUCUGCAAACAAACAGCUGGCCAGCAAGCAGCAGGAGAACCCAGAAGGCAGCCAGGGGACUGUGGCAAAACUGCUUGCACAAAGCUAUGAGCACCAGCAGGAGAAAGAGAAGCUGGAACGGGAGAUUUCACGACUGCGCAGUGCCAACGAGGACCAGCGCCGGCGGGCGGAGCUGCUGGAGCAGGCACUAAGCAACGCCCAGACACGGGCAGCUAAGACCGAGGACGAGCUGAGGAGGAAGCGGGCGUACGUGGAGAAGGUGGAGAGGCUGCAGCAGGCCCUGGGCCAGCUCCAGGCUGCCUGCGAAAAGCGUGAGCAGCUGGAACUGCGUCUCCGCACCCGCCUGGAGCAGGAGCUGAAGAUGCUGCGGGCCCAGCAGAGACAGGUGGGAGCCCCGACUGGAGGAUCCCCAGAGCUGAGUGCCCACAUGCUGGCCGAACAGUUGAGAGAGAAGGAAGAAAAGAUCCUAGCCCUGGAGGCAGACAUGACCAAGUGGGAGCAGAAGUAUCUGGAGGAAUGCACCAUGAGGCAGUUUGCCAUGGAUGCAGCUGCCACCGCUGCUGCACAGCGGGACACGACUAUCAUCAACCACUCCCCGCGUCACUCCCCCAAUAACAGCUUUGACGAGGAUCUCCUCUUGGCCAAUCACAAGCACCAGGAGAUGGAAAACAGGUUAAAAGCACUUCAUGCCCAAAUAUUGGAGAAGGAUGCAGUCAUCAAAAUUCUGCAGCAGCGCUCGCGGAAGGAUCCCAGCAAGACUCUGCAGGGCUCCCUUCGGCCAGCCAAAUCUGUGCCAUCCGUCUUUGCUGCCUCGGGGGCCCAGAAUUGGCCGGGGGCCACCCACAGUGAACGGUUGGUCGAGGGCCCUUCCAGAGGGAGUCCAGCAGGCAAAGUCCUGGUGGAGGAGACGCCCAGCCCAUCUCCUUGCAGCCCUCUCCCCUUCCACUCCAAACGUGGCAGCAAAGAUGGGAGCACCCAGACGGAUGGCGUGCCUGAGAGCAGCCUUGGCAGUCCGGGCGAGGGGCCUGGUGCCCAGCUUGACAGCAGCCCAGCGCACUCCAUGGAGACCAUGUCUGCUGCCAGGACCAUCAGCCUGUCAGACAUGGUGGAAAUUCUAAUCUGAGGAAGGGCAGGUGCCCACCAUCUUCUCUGUCCCUGCACGCUGGCCUGGUCAGAGGAGAGAUCUGCUGGGGAAAGUGCCGAUUCAGGAGCCAUUCGGUUACUGGGAUCCUGGCUGGGCUUGUGGUGUGGAGAGUUCCUGGACAAAAGGAGUUUGGGGGAGGACUGCAGGAGAGCAUGCAGCAUAGCCACAGAGCGAGGGCUGGGAGGGAAGCUGCCACUGUGGUUUGCAUCCAUCAGCUGCCAUUUAUCUCGCCCACUUUCCAUCACAGCAGAGCUCAUUUGCUACUUGUUCCAUCUACCCUGUUGGGCCAGCCCAUGUGCAGUGCACCUGUACUUGGGAAGGACUGUCCCAAGUUCCCUUUGUGACAUACCAGCGACAGGAAAGAAGGAAGGAGGGUCUGAAAGUGAAGAGGCACAGAGCCCUCCCCUGCUCCCCAUCUGUGACCUGGAGGAGGGCAGCAUGCUGAGCAUUGCUAGAAACUGAUCCUGGAAGGACGGGCGUGCCUGUUUCGUUGGACACCCCGUUGGUACCCGCUCUCCAAGGUCAAGCUGCCGGGAGUAGCUCUUGUAUUAUGCUGGCGAGGCCAGAAUUCCUGCCCCUCCCCAUGCCUCCCAACCCACCUUUCCCCUCCUGUUGAGAGGACUGGAAAUGCUUUGGGUGAAGGUGUUUUUGCGUAGCCAGCUGGUGCCCAGUGGCUGGUCCCCAGAGGCACUUCUCCUGGGGAGGCUGCAGUGCUGGCAGCUUGCAGCCCAUUAGGGUGUGUGAGGAGGUGAGGGAGGGGGCAGGACAGGCUCUGUAAAUAACUCCCUGUUUUGUAAACAAAAGCAAACCCUGUAUUUAUCAUUUCAAUUUCCUCCCUGCCAUGGCCUUUGUCCCUCCUGCCCCCUUUCCUGCUCUCUGUGGAACCUUUCUCGCCCCUUAGCCGUUCACCCUCCCUCGCUUGUCUCUCCUUUGGCUCUCUAGGCCUGUGCUUGUUCUCUUCCUCCAUUUCAUAUCCUGUUUGUCACCAGAGUUAAAUAUCCCUCAUUGGCAUCCAUCAGAUUCCAUUUCCUUUGGGGCACUUUCCCAUGAUUCCUCCAACUGGAAUUUCCCUUCUGUUUGUUUCAAUACCCGCUGAGUAUGUGUUUGAGCUCCUGAGCUGCUCUCAUUUGGGGAAGGAGCAGAUCCUCAGCUGAUGUAAAUCAGAACAGCUCCAUCAAAUCAGAAGAGCUAAAUGAGGCUGCCCGAGCACCAGACUCAGACUCUCAUGACGUAUGUGCAUCAGUAGCACCAUUCACGGCCAUGUGCAAACACAGUGCUCAAGAGGGUAAAGGAUUGCAGGAUGGAAGCCUUUAUAAAUACCAGAAGCUCUGUGUAUGUUUCAGCUGAAGGGAGCUUGUGUUUAUGCAAAAAAAUAAACAAGGGGGUUAAGGGUGGAUGGGGGGAGGGAGGGAAUGAAACUGGAGAUGAAAAAACACACUCCCAAUGUGAAACAAACAUGUCUGAUUUUCUUGUGGAGGAGUUGAUUUCCCCCCCUUCCUGGAACUGCACCGAGAUAUACUCACUCACUUAUUCACAGUUCUCAUACACCCCCUUGUCUACUGACAGCUGGCUUUUGACAGUAGCCAAUUCUGAUUUUAAUUGAGAGUUUCUCAAUCCACUGAACUCCAACGCUUUCUUCCCUUGGCCUUCAUAUAUAAAUAUAUACUUCCUUUAAACAUCUGUGCAUUUGCUGGACAACUGCAUUUUUUUAUUUUCUCCCCCAGACAUGUAAAAAAUGUGUUUGGAUCUGGUGCAUUGUUUACAAUUGCAAAACAAAAACUAUGAAAGAGAAAAAAACAACUUAAUAUAUUUUAUAUUAAUAUUGGUAUUUCUUUAAGUAUUUUUUUUUGUGCUGUGAACUUUUUUCUGCCAAAGACAAUGAGGUUUUUUUCGUUUGUGCGUUUUUAAGUUAUCUUAAGUAUUUAAAUGUAAACCUGGCUGUUUUGUUAUGCUGUCCUAUACCGAGAUUGCUGUAGCAUUCCACUUGGUAUAACAAUAUUUUAA